AUGGAAGUGGAUAAAAAUUACAAUGAAAAUGAGUGUAUUUUAGUAAAUACACACAAUAAUGUGCUAGGUAUUGAACUUCUUGAAUACAAUGGACAACUUCCUAUUAUUAAUACACCAAUUAAUUUAGAAGUUGGAGUUAGUUUUCUGUCACCUAAAAUAGCUGACCAUUAUAUCGAACAAUAUGCAAUGCAGCAAUAUUUCAUAAUUUUUAAAGCAAAAUUUGAAGUUCAUAGUGAUAAAACCUUUCGAAAACGAGUUUUCAAAUGUAAUGUGGAAGGUUAUUGUAAACAAAAACUUUUCGAUCUGGCUGUUGGCAGUUCAAAAAAAAAGGGUUCAAAAAAGAUUGGUUGCGAGUGGCAAAUUAACAUGACGAGUCCUAAAAACUUAUCUUUAGUAACAAUCACAUUAUUCAAAAAUACCUAUUGUCAUGAUAUCUUCAUAGAAACUCUCAAAUUUACUCCUAUUUACAGAUUAUUUACUUCUGAAAUUAUGGAAGAAAUCGAAUUUUACAUAGUAAAUGGUCGCUGCGAUGCUAGUACAAUCUGGAAUCUUUUACAACCAAAAUAUCCAGAACAGGUCUUCUUAACUCAAGACCUUAUAUGUUUAGAAGUUACAAAUAUACAACCAAAGAUAUUUGUUACUGAUGUAAACCUGGCAAUGCUUGCAGCUUCAUCAAUAAAAUCAUUAACGGAAGAGGUUUUUAAUAGAAGGUCACAUGAUCUUAUUGAUAAAUAUCCGGAAGGGAAAAAGUAUAUUUCAGAUCAAUUACUUGAUAAAAAACAUAUGUGGAAGGCAGUACAAUCCUCGUUUUCUCUAUUUCAAGUUCAAGAAAUUAUAGAACAACGUCUUGAAACUGAAAAUAUUAACAAUAAAUAUUCUAUUUGGAAAGCCUCUAAUAUGGUAUAUCCGCAGCCAUUUAUUCAAAUGUGCGAAUCCGUAUGUUAUAAGGCAUUUCAAGUGAAUUUAAAUAAGAUUUUUACUUUUGAUGACGAUGUUUUUGAGCCAUUGGUCAUUGAAUCUCAAGAGUCUGAAAUUCCUACUCCUUUACAAGCAAAUGAAGUAGAUGAUGAUCAUCAAUUUGUUGAUUGUUUGGAUUUAUCUAAUGAAGCUUUUGUUAAUGCGAAUAAAGGUGAAUCAAAUCAAAGCAAUAUUCAACAUUUUGAAUGGCGAUAUACUUGCAAUAAUAAUUUGCAAGUAAAUGAAGAUCAAAAAAAAAUCCGAAAUCAGCUUAAAUAUGGAACACUUAUGGGAGAAGCUAAGAAGACUAUCCAAUAUGCUAUUCAAGAUGAGGAUGAUAAAUUGUUAUAUUUCAUUAAGAAUUAUAACAUUCAAAAAGAACAAAAUUAUGAAUCAAGCCGUUCUGAAUUAAAUAAUGAGAAUCAAACCAUUAUUACUUCUGAAGGCAAUUGGAUACUAUUUAAACGAUUGAAAAGUGCUGUUGAAAAACAUUCUAAAACAUCACAAAAACCAUUAGAAGAAUUAACUAAUAAUGAAAAUCAGAAAUGGUAA